UCAGUCUCGGGGAGAGAGACCUCGCUCUAGCUAGUACCUCCGCCGCACUCGCCGUACGCGCCAGGAAAACGCGUCGCUCUCUCGCCGUCCGAAGCCGAGCCGCGCAGAACGCGCAAUCCGCCGCGACCGGUACAGAGAGGUUCCGGUGGAGAGAGAUAGAGAGAGACAACGGGAGACGCGCACUCUUUGCGUCGCUAGACGAGAAGUCGAGUCACUUCCGUCGAUCCGUCCAGUUCCUCGCACCCUCCCGCCCCCCCCCCCUCCCAUCCCCCAUACUGACGUCUUCCUUCCCAGGUAGAAGGGCAUCAUCGCGCCACGCAUCCCGCGCGAAACCGUCCUUCCGGCAUCCCUAUCUUUUCUCUUUUUUUUCACUCCAACACUUCUUCACUCCGUCGACGACGAGUCGACAUCCACGCGUCGUGCUGAUCGCGUCAGUUGUUCAGUUAUACGGUUGAUCAAAAGCUGUUUGUGAGGCGGGGUAAAAGAAGAGAGAUAAGAAGUGAGAAGACCGCGUGCGUUCCGUCUUUUCCGAUCGAGCACGCACCCUUCUCGGUGGUGAUCGUUGAUCUCGGUGGCAGAAAAGCGGGCAUCACGUGACGGGGGCGCGAUAAUAUGCACUCGCGAAUUGCGCGCGAGGGUGCGCGUACCAGGAGGGAACCAGCCCGGCUGCAGCAGUGACUUGCGAGCUUCGCGAGCGUAUAUAUACGCGCAGCUCACGCAGCGUGCGUUCCAUGUGUCGUGAAAGGGCUCGUGCCAACGGCGGCGAUCUCGCGGGCACAGUUUUUCGGACGAACGACGGCUUCUCGUGAGUAACCGGCUGCUGACCCAGUUGUUCGGGGCAAUUUCCUUCUCGAUCGUCGUCCAAGCUCGUCGCCUUCCUGCUCGGUCAGAUCCCUGCUGGAUGCGCAGAGGACGUCGAGGAGACCGAGUCUGAGGAAGAAGUGCACGAGGACGCGAACCGUUUCCUCCGAGUAAAGCUACUGUUCUUUUCGGGUACCACGAGAAUCCUAGUGCGACGGAGACAUCGGGAGAUCCUCUGGUGUCGUGGAACACGCUGCUACGUGAAUAGUAAAGUGAUAUCAAAAUGGGUUGCUUCGGGAGCAAAGAUAAGUUGAGUAAGGAGGACAUGGACUUCCUCAAAUCACAUACGCGAUACGACGAAGCCACCAUAAAGGAAUGGUACAAGGGUUUUAAACAAGACUGUCCUAACGGCAGGCUAACGCCGGCGAAAUUCGUCGACAUGUACAAAAUGUUCUUCCCGUCCGGCAACGCGGAGGAAUUCUGCGAUCACGUUUUCCGCACAUUCGACAUGGAUAAAAAUGGCUACAUCGAUUUUAAGGAAUUCCUGUUGGCGAUCGAUGUUACGUCCAGCGGCACGCCGGAAGAAAAACUAAAAUGGGCGUUCCGUAUGUACGACGUUGACGGUAACGGCGUUAUCGAUAUGCAAGAAAUGACGAAGAUCGUCCAGGCGAUAUACGACAUGCUCGGCGCGUGUUCGAGCAACAGGCCGGCGGACAGCGCGGAGGAGAGAGCGAAGAAUAUCUUCGCGAAGAUGGACGAGAACAACGAUGGGCAGCUGACGCAGGACGAGUUCCUGAAAGGCUGUCUCCAGGACGAGGAGCUAUCAAAGAUGCUCGCCCCUUAAUCCCGACGCCGCCUCACUUCCGGACGAGCCGUCGACGCGCAAUCGUAAUGACACCACGCUCUCACGAUUCUCUCAGAACUCAACGUCGGCAGCAACAGGCCGUCACCAAGAUCGACACUCGCAUACAUACUCGUAACAUCAUUACACGCAACACGUACCAAUACAAUAUUUCCUAUUAACUGUGACAAUUAUCGCGGCGAUUCGGUAAGAAGCCUCGCCGCCACUCGUGCCCCACGAAGAAGGGAGCACGAGCUGUGAUGAUGGUGGAUACUGAUGAAGGAUCAUCGAGAAUGAUUGAACGAAUGAAGUACAGUGACUCGGUCGGCGAGUCGUUUUCAAUUGUUGCGCGAGUUUGCUGGAGAAAGGAAUUUCCGAGAGAUCACAGUGACGCACUGCACCCCCAGAACUCUUGUUCGCCGAGCGAUUGCGGGACCAGCGAUGAUGUCGGUGAUCGAUAAUCUUGGCUGGUAAUCCUGGAGAGAGAAACCUCACGGACACGAAACAGGGAACGACGACGACGACGACGACGACGGGGGACCUAAUUAGCGUGGAAAUCCUCGCGACCAUUUCGCCAGUUCGUCACGUUGACAAUCACACAGCGGUUCGCACUCGCUAGUUCGUCGCUCGGAUUCAGGACUCUCCUCGGACUCGUAGUGUGAUGGAAUUAACGGUGGAAUCUCCGAGUUCUCUCGGCGGAAGUGACAACGCCGGUCAUCGAGGUCCGCGACAACUCUCAAAGCCCGUGCUUGCACCGACAAUUCGGCCCGACUGAUCCUGCACAAACGAUUCGCAGUCUCCCCUUCCGGAUUGUAGCUUCGUCUGAUAACUGACGGAGAGUAGAAAUUCACUCAAUCCUCUGAUGCGCUCGGGAAGUCCUGAAGGACUUUGCACGUAGUUUCGUAUAAGUUUCUUAUCGCAAUCCAUGAUUUUGGAGAUCUCGACAUCGCGAUUCUAAUUUUACUCCGGAUUUAUCAAUAAUACCUGGGGAUUCGCGGCGAGUCUUACCAGACCCCUUAUUGUUUUCGCGAGUUCCCAUUGUUUCCGUUUCGUUGCCGCAGAAUUAGUGUAAUGAUUCACGUGCAUCACAGAUUACAUGUUUCAUACACUGCGCACUGAUACUGCGUUAUGUAAGACGUCUGCGAGCAUUUACAAGCACUUGAUCUAUAGUAUCAUCAAGAUUCCUGUGCAUAUUACACAGAAAUAGAUAUCGAAAUCAUUUUAAAAUCAACUUUCAUUAUAGAUCUAAUCUGUAUAUAUAAUCUCCCAGUAAUAUAAUUUUUCAAUCCCGCAAAUCUCUUUUCGAGAACUGAUAUCGUUUGAUCGCACGGUGCUGUCUUUUUCUAAUCUUGUAUAAAUCUACGUAAACAGCUCAAAGCUAACUGUGAUUUCAAUCUCGCGUAAGUUAUUCCUUCGAUGAUCACCAUCAAUCUCCGCUUGUUCCAUUUUGCUACUUGCUAAGUCUCACUUAUCAGAAUGCACCGCAGAAGUCACGUCAAAGGUUCACUGAUACAAUUUUACACUCAGUUAUCUAGAACUAGAACUCUAAAUAAAGUGAACAAUACAUAGUGCAUCAGAGAGAAUGAAUGAGAAUUUAAAUUAAUGCUCCUCGGUGCAAAAUCGGCUUUUGAAGUCCAAGCGGUUUCAUUGUCUCGCGAUGGGAGCGAGACGGAAACCGGAACCUUAAGUGUGAAAUUAAAGGUUGAAAAGUGACGAGAAUCACCGAAGAAAGCCUCGUAAAAGUGACGAGCAAGAGACUCGUGCGAAACACGUCACAAAGAGCGCAAAUUUACCAGCGCGGAAAAAUAAAACGUGUCAAUGCGUCUCUUCUUUUCCUGCGAGCGUGUCGAUCGUAGAUCGUGAAGAUCGAUGUUACGAGGGACGAGCCAUCGUCAUCCGCGGAAUUACGCGCUCGCGCGAGAUGGUAACACAACGAAUUGCGAAUUAUAAGGUAAUGUCGCUUAGAUAGGGGGAAUAUCGCUUAAGGGAGACACGUUAAUUUUAUAUCGGUGCUUCGCGAGAGCCCUUACAUCGAUCGCACUGUCGACCAGCACGCGCGUCAUCGUUCGCUCAAGUUCGCUGAAGACAAUCUAUCUGUAUCUCCUCGUAUAAUGCCGUUACGUGCAACGAAUGCAGACACAGCAGUUCUGUAAUAACGUACGGUCGAAUGUACGUUUAUCGUGUUCAACAGAAAUCCACUGGACUUAGGUUGCACGUGCGGUGUUGUGUGUGGAUUAAGCGAACGGCAGCGGCUAAAGGAAAAACGAUGGUAAAAGUUGUAAAAGCGAUAAAAGCGAAUUUCCGGGCAGCCAAUACUCGCGUGAAACCUACAAAUUUCUUCAGGAACUUCCUAUAUUGCCGCGCCUCCGCUUGUUCUUCCCGAGACCGUGUGCACACAUGCAACCCGAUUCUGAACAUGUAUCUCGUGACUGUCGCGAGAAGCUCGUACAGCGGAAUCUUCGCUGAUGCCAUUUAUCGUCGCGUGCUUCUGAAAAUAACAACGAGGUGUAAUCAUCGGUUAUGUCGACGCCGAUUAACAUUGCAUUCAUCUUACUUGAUUUUCUUUUCUCCAUUUUUUGAAAAUUGAGCAAAAACUUAGUGAAGCGAUACUGACGAGGUCAGACAGAGCUGUGGUUAAUUAAAACUAAAAUUUGAUGAAGGUGGUCAAAAUUUUCAAGCAACGAUAAUUGGUAUAUUAUAUAUGCAGCACGCAUAAAUACAAUGUAAUAUACUGCCAUAUGCGCGAAUAAUAUAUUGAUUAUAUUUUUUCUUUUUUUUACGUGAGACGUUGUAUGAUUACAUGUUCUUCGCAUCGUGUUGCGUUUAUGAUACGGAGAGAAAACAUUUCGCACUGAUACCGUCUUUCUAAUCGAUACCAAAAAAGUCGGCCUCGAUUACUGCAUAACGAUUUAAUUUAUUGGAUUCGCGUGCUCGUCGACGCACACGCGCAUGCACACACAAAAAUUCCGACGCCCUCCAUCGCGAAGGCGUUGGGUUCUCGUUUUCUUUUCUCUUUCUCGUAUUCGAUGGUAUACAUCAUGUACACGUGUUCGCGAGAAACACAGUGUGCACCGAGGUCAACGUGCUUCGCGUGCACGUAUAAUAGUUUAAGAUUUAUGAUCGCACGUAUAUCGGACGCACGACGUCACCGCGUGACGUUCUUCGCGAAUAUGUGUGCUGGGAGACUUCCGGUUCGCGCGAAGGUGGACAAAUCGGUUAGCUUGCCGUCGAGGGUUGCGCCAAGCCGAUAAGGUAAGUCCGUCACCCACCACAGAGUAUUUCGGACGUAAUGCGAACGUCUUUGUACGCUCUAAAUGUAUCUCGAGCGAGAUUAUUUCCGCGAGAUGUCUGCCACUUAAAGAAUUGAGAGUAUUUUUAGAAACGAGCGCUGCUACGUCGGAAAUCCAUCUUAUAAGAACGAUUCCUAUUUUUCUUCAACGAUGUCUAAGGAUCUCUGCAAAUGUAUUAUACCUAUUGCAGUACUUAUCAUUGUUUCACUUGAUGCACAGAAUUGCGCGAUGCACGUUGUGCAGAUUUAGGCACGAUCAUUUCCGCUGUCAUUCCUCAUGGCUCGCAAGUGAAGCGACCUCGAGUACUCUUUUUAUCACGUAGCUUUGUACGUGGCGUAGGAACUUCUCACGUGCAAAGCGGUUUAGUCGCGCUUGGAAUACAUUGUGAUCCGCGCGGAUUCCUGAUGGACAAAAAGACCUGCUACAUUCAUUCAAGCGUCUCCUAAAGAAAUCUUCGAGUCGCUGGAUCGAUUCUGCGCUACAAACGGGUGAAUGAGACUGGUUGGUGACUCGGAUGAAAUCUAGUUCUUGAAGUUUAUGAGGGAAGAUUCUUACUAUUCAAUGUGUAUAGAUAAAUAGUACAAUUAUACAAAGAGCACAUAAUGCGAAAACAAGCAGUGCAAUUUAGAAGUCAAUCGUAGGAGAAAUAUGCGAAUUAUAAGCUGUUGGAAUAGCUGUAACAUUACGCGAUGAAGUAGCCUAAUUAUAAAAUUAUUUUUCCAGUAAUUCCUUCGAUACGUCGAUAUUUCGCAUAUUAUAGUUCAAUUACUGCGUGACUAAACUGUAUUAGAAUCGAUAUUAGAAUUAAACCAAUCUAGCAAUUUGUCACGUGUACGUGGAGCUGAUUCGGACGUGUUUAUGGAAUACUUAUUGAUGUGCGAUAUCAUAGCAUCCGAGGUGAAUCCUCUGUGCUAAGUGCUAAGACACUCUAUAUAUUUGUAUAUUGUUAUAUCUUAGACAAAUCAGACUGAUAAAUAAUGAUUGUGAAAAUCAUAUUUAAAUGAUGAAAUUAAUUUUUAAUCGUGGACACCAAAAAGAUUAUAUUAGAGAGGAAGAUAUUCGCUGAAUAUAAUAAUAAAAAGAAAUCGCAGCGCAAAUAAAGAUAUAAAACGCAAUACGAAUAACUGCUUCUGAUUAAAAAUAUUAUUAAAAGCAGUCGAUGUGGACAGAAGUGAGCGGAUAAGGGAGCUUUUAAUUAAAAUUCCGAUUCAUCUUUCAGUUCCAUUCGCCCGUAAUUACUAUAACGAAUGAAAAAUAAUCAGAGGCUUGAUCGAUAAAAUGGGUGAAUGUAGUCGUUAAAAAUCUUGCGUCACGAUACGCAAGAUAUAAAAUACUUAUAAUAUUGAUUCAGAUUAAAAAAAAAAAUCCAUUGAUCGAAAUAAACUCUAGAGCGCUUUGAUGAGUGCAUUACAUUUGGAAACUGUGAGUGUACUCUAUAGUAUUUUCACGAAAAAACGUUACUAAGACUUUCACAAUUUACAUAGAAUAAUUAAAUUAUAAUGGAUGUUACUUAGUACUUAAUUUAAAAAAAAAAAACAAAUUUAUAAGACAAAAAUGUAGGGUAAAACAAUGAAUUAAUGUCGCAAAACUAUCAUCACGUUUAAAAGCAUCGGCGGAAGCCAGUUAAUAACGUGAUUAAAAAUCCUAAUGAAUGAUGGCAGGGUAUCAAGUGGUGGUAUCUCUCAAAAUUAAUUGUCCGUGCUAAAAUUAAUCGGUGGCACAAGCGUUUAAUGAAUGGCACCAAUCUUGAUUAGCAAUAUUAAUCUCACCUAGUUGCACCAGUUGCACUAAAGUUAAUUGCAUCAGAAUUAAUUGCUGACCAAACCUAAUGGAUACGAAAAUUAACUGACCUUUUACAUAGUAAUUGUAUUAAUCUAUAAAUUAAUAAAAUAAAGUGGAGAGAGGAGAAUCUCUCUUGCCUCCCUUUUGUAUCAGUCAAAGAAUAACGAUAAGCGGACCACAAUGUGUUACUGGCACGUCGCUUCAAAACAGGAAUCUUGUAGUCAGAGAAAGAUCUUUCUCGCGAAAGCAUGUGAACAUUCUUUACCGACUUUUCUUCAGUAGGUAGACAAUGUCCAGGACGGAUAACGUUUCGCAUCUCUGUAUCUGUAAGAAGUAAUCUGUAAGAAGAGACACACUUAUCAUUCGAAUCGUGUACACUCAUCUUGAGAAUACGAUAGGCUAGUGUCUAUUAGUGAUAGUAUAUUCGACCAAUUGUGUGUUUUUAUUAGGACGAUACGCUUUUUGAUCCGCGCGGUUGCGUUCACCCGUCUCUCCGCUUCUGCGUUUCGCUCGCGGAUUUCUCAUCAAAGUAUCGAACAAAUGACGAUAUUUCGAUCAAUUUCGUGCAAUCCCUCUCUAGAUAAAUUAUAUAGACACAAAUUAAUAUCGUAUAGCUUGAUAUAAGGGACAAAGUGUUGCAAAAGUCGCGCGUCGCAUGUGAUUUCGUCUGCGAGCGAAGGGACAAAGGAAGCGAUUUUAAUCAAACUUAACGAACAAUGCUCGUAGCUCGUUAUUUUUACACAGUGCUAGCGCGCGAAAUUAAAUCGGGAGUGUUGGCCUACUGCGGCGGCGAUUUGCCGGUUGAAAGGAAAAUCGAGGUCGAUCGAUUCGCGGAGCGGAUUGGAGAACGCUUCCGCGCCCCAUCGAGAUAAAUAAAAAAAAAAGAAACGCGCGCUCGCAUAUAUUUAUAUUAGGCUAGGUACAUAUCAUCGGCUCCUUCCAUGAUGCGUGAGUGAGAGGCGGAAGUCCUCUCGCUUCGCGCAAUUUUACUCUCUACGUGCUUCAAUCGCAACUACCACGAUUAAGUCAAUUUUAAACGAAGAUGAAGAAGAGCUCUAUCCGUUAACACGAUAUUUCGAACUAUAUAUAGACGUACGUAAUUAUAUAUGAAACGUGUUAUAAAUAAUAUAAUAAUAUAGUAUAUAUUCUAUGUGUUUAGCGAAUCUGUACCAGUUCGUGAAAACGGUCCUGCACACUGGCGAUGGCAGAUUUUGAGGCGGAAGAAAUUGUCGUAUCAAUGAAGAAAUCUAUAAAUGACAGAAAUGGCAGAAGCUUUGGGGAAAUGCCAACAAUUACAAUUAUAAUUAUUCGCGCGUCGUUAAUUCGAGCGUUAAUUCGCGCUGUAUUAUUGAGCAAAACCAUCACCAAUGUGCAGGACCUGAGAUAAACGCGUUCGCACACUGUCCUUGAUUUACGUAAAAGUACACGCUCGCGUCCUAAUCCGCUAAUCGUUGGAAAUGAAGACUCGGCUCGUAAAUCCACGCAAGACUUCCGGGUAGACUGCGGGGAUAAUGCGGGGAACGGGACAUCGCAAUUCUCCUCUCGAAUAGAAAGUGCAGCAUUGACAAUCGACAUAAUAAGAGUUCCCUUUUACGAAAGAGUCGACGUACGUGUAGACGGGAGAAUUUUAUAAAGCUUAAGAACGGACCUAAAGUGCAUUACAUUAUUAGAGGAGCCGUCGUUUGCGUCUCGGUUGUCGCCCCCUUCGACGUGUGAUCCUUCUUACGAAACCGUCAUAUGCAACAGGGAGGAAACGUAACGCACAUAAAUGCACGCACGCGAUCGUGCGCGCAAAUGCGCGUCCAGGUUUCCUGAAUUACGAUUUCCGCGCGCAACGUACCAUAUUACAGAAAUAUCACUUCAGUGGCAAAUCAACCACGCCAUUGAUCGCCAAUUAAAAAUAUAACGAUCUCGAGCAGCGGAUCCGAAGUGUUGACUCUGCGCUGUCACUCUUAUUCAACCUUCUUUCUGUGCGUUGGCUAUCUUCAGCGCAAUUCGAAAUUCUGAUGCUUCUUAUCGCACGCACCCUCUAUAUUCCUUUCGUCGGUGCCCCGUGAAUCGCAUCUGAGCGAAUAAUCUAAGUAAUAAACUUUUUUGACAUGCUGCGCUGUUUCACAGUCGCGCGAUUAACUAUCGCAUGUCGGAGUACUUCUCAGGUUCAUGUCCCAAGGACGAUCGUAAAUCCUCCUUCUCAUACACCCCCUUCGCCAAUUCAUGGUUCGCAGAAGUACUUCAUGCCGUUUGACAUUUGGCAGACGUUUUCUGGUGAUGGAGGUCGUGAAAAUUAUUCAUCGGGGAAUCAUUCUCCACUCUGCUCCCUUUAUGAUUGCUUGGGUGAAUACUGUGCUGCCGCUCACUCAGUAAUUUUAUUAGCUUAUUAUUUGAUCUCCUCUGAUAGAUAUUACGUCAUUCGUUUCUCUUUUAUACUGCACUUAUCGUAACUGUAAUUUCAAUUUUAUAUUUGCCAUUGAAAAAGAAACGUUUAGCAUAUUUUAGUUUUAUAGGAAAAGAUGAUAUGAGAGAAGAGAGAAAAGAUGCAAUCUCAUUGCCGAAUGAUACGAUUAGAGAUUUCUGAUUGAAACAGGAUAGAUAGCAUUCCGGUCCCGCGAGAGUUAAGUGCGAUUUCGCAUUGGCCGAUAAAUUUAAUCUCCUGGGAAACACGGCACUGCGAGAUCGAUACGUCGAUGCCGAUCUGAUCUGUCGGAGGAUCAAUCUUGGCCGUAAACGGUACGAGUCCCUCCUUCAUAUGGUAGCUGCGUAUCCCGAUUCGCUCGCUUGUAAUAUCGAUGAGUCGGCUCUACGCUGUAAUUUCCGUAGUUCCGUUCCUACUCGAUGGAAAGAUAUCUCGCUCUUAACCCUCUAUCCUGAUAAGAUGAAGCACGUUGCAGUAUCAUCAUUUAUCCGGACCGUAACAACCUGCGAACGCCGUAAUUCAGUGAUUUUUAAUCUUUUCACGUUCUCGCUUUUCAGACAUUUAUCUCAAUAUCCUGGGUAUUACCACAUCUCACAUUAAUUUUCAAAUAAAUAAAUAUUAAUUUCACUGCAUGAUUCGCAGUACUUGAAGAUGUAAUUCUGAGAUUUCAUCUUUUCCAUUUUUCUGCAACAGAACACUUUCUCAAACUUGAAAAACCAAAAA